UGUCCUCACCCUCCAAUCACCCCCCUUCACCCUAAUCAUAUAUUCAUUCGUGACUUCCCGGACUAUGCACUCCUUGAUCAUCAGGCUCCUACCAACUCCCUCAUUCUUCUUCUGUUUCUCCUUACUCUUGAUUUUUUCUGCUUGGUUAGGGUUGAUACUUGGUUUUCAGAGGUCACGGACUAGCAGUUAUGGGGGACUCUUCUGCUUCAUACAUACAUAUGGUACAACACCUAAUAGAGAAUUGUUUGAUCUUCCACAUGAGUAAAGAAGAGUGCAUGGAAGCCCUCUCCAAACAUGCAAACAUCGAACCCGUCAUCACCUCUACCGUGUGGAAUGAAUUGGAGAAAGAGAACAAGGAAUUCUUUGAAGGCUACAACACUCAAACUCAAACUAAGGACGACCGUCUGUCAGAGGCAGAGACCGACGAAUUGAUCCAAAAGAUGAUAUCAGAUUCCACCUCUAAAGAUCACCGGAGCUCCUCCAAAGAUCCUGCAGACUCCUCCAAAGACCCAGACACAUAAACCAUAAUAUCCCAUUGAAAAUGAUCUCUACCCCACAUCCAGAAAAGGGCAGAGACUUACUGUAUAUGGUACAUAAAUAUGCCGCUCAUCCCCUUUGUUUAUGUAUUAUGAACUCAUUCAACAUGCAAUAACCAAUCUCAUUCAGUCAUCUUUUAGACUGCAAAUGGUUUAA